UCCAUUCAAUCCCGGUGUGUGUCCUCCCGUCAUCAUUGAGCGUAACUGAGUCUAUCGAUUCAAAAUGUCGGACGUAGAGUUAUCAAACAUAGACCACCUCAUCGCGAUGCUUUUAGAAGUUCGCGGUGCAAGGCCGGGGAAAAAUGUACAACUGUCGGAAACGGACAUACGUCUGCUAUGCCUGAAGUCGAGGGAAAUCUUUCUCUCCCAACCGAUACUGCUCGAGCUGGAGGCACCGUUAAAAAUCUGCGGUGACAUCCAUGGUCAGUAUUAUGAUUUGCUGCGUUUGUUCGAGUACGGCAGCUUCCCGCCAGAGUCGAAUUAUCUGUUCCUCGGUGAUUAUGUCGACCGGGGAAAGCAAUCGCUGGAGACGAUCUGCCUGCUGCUGGCGUACAAAAUCAAGUAUCCGGAAAAUUUCUUCUUGCUGCGCGGCAACCAUGAAUGCGCAAGUAUCAAUAGAAUAUACGGGUUCUACGACGAGUGCAAGCGGCGCUACAAUAUUAAGAUGUGGAAAACGUUCACCGAUUGUUUCAACUGUCUGCCGGUGGCCGCGAUCGUAGAUGAGAAAAUUUUCUGCUGUCACGGCGGUCUCAGCCCGGACUUGCAGUCCAUGGAACAGAUCCGACGCAUUAUGCGACCCACAGACGUGCCAGAUCAGGGACUGCUUUGCGAUCUGCUUUGGUCCGAUCCUGACAAGGACACGAACGGUUACGGUGAGAACGAUCGUGGUGUCAGCUUCACCUUCGGUGUCGAUAUUGUGGGCAAGUUUUUAACCAAGCAUGACUUUGAUCUAAUCUGUCGAGCACAUCAGGUGGUUGAGGAUGGGUAUGAGUUCUUUGCCAAACGGCAACUGGUAACUCUCUUCUCCGCUCCCAACUAUUGCGGAGAAUUCGAUAAUGCCGGUGCAAUGAUGUCCGUCGACGAUACGUUGAUGUGCUCGUUCCAAAUUCUGAAGCCAGCCGAUAAACGUAAGUUCCAAUAUGGUGGCCUCAAUUCCGGACGGCCAGUUACACCACCGCGGAAUUAUAGUAAAAACAAAAAGAAAUAAUUUAUCCAAUAGUACUAUGCUCUUACAACAACUACUACUAUUAAAACUACUACAAAUUACGUACUACCAAACUUGUGCGGUAUCCGUUCUGUUGCAUCUACC